GGAGACAAAAUGUAGAUUCUUUUCAUUCAGCACGACAAUUUGAACACGAUGACAUCUCCAAAGUUUCUCUUCUAUCUGAUGUGUUUGUUCUUCGGAAAAGUUGCUCAGACGACUGAUCCAAAAUUCUCCUCAUCUCUUCAUCAACAGAGUGGUUUUGUAACAGCUAAAACUGGGGAUGACUUCACUUUGAGAUGUUUCUAUGAAGGUGAUGUUGCUUUAAGGUUUCACUGGUAUAAGCAAACUCUGGGACAGAAACCACGGCUCAUCUCUACUUACUACAAGUAUGAAAGAAAUGGAAUAUUUCAUGAUGAAUUCAAAAACAAUCCACGCUUCACAUUGGAUACUGAAACAGGUAAAUAUCAUUUGAAGAUCACAGAUUUGCACGUUUCAGACUCAGCUACCUACUACUGUGCAAGUUAUUCAUUAUCUAUUGAAUUUGCGGAGGGAACCUUAGUCAAUGUAGAAGGUUCAGGUUUGAAGGUGGCAGCUACGGUCCAUCAGUCAGCAUCUGAGAGCAUCCAGCCAGGAGGCUCUGUGACUCUGAACUGUACAGUACACACUGGGACCUGUGAUGGAGAACACAGUGUUUACUGGUUCAAGAAGUCGGAGGAAUCUCAGCCAGGACUCAUUUACACCCAUGGAGGCAGGAAUGAUCAGUGUGAGAGGAAACCCAACACACAAACACACACCUGUGUCUACAAGCUGCCGAUGAAGAGUCUGAAUCUUCCUCAUGCUGGGACCUACUACUGUGCUGUUGCCUCAUGUGGACACAUUCUGUUUGGGAACGGGACCAAGCUGGAGUUAGAAGAUGAGAUGUACUCUCCUGUCUUGGUGUAUUUCUUGAGUGGAACAUCGACAUUCACCACCAUCCUGAGUGUUUUACUGGCUUUCUUAAUGUGUAUGAUGAACAACAGAAACCGCUGCCUGUGUGCAGAGUCUCAAGCAAGAUUUUCAGAUAGCUCUAAAACAAAGAUGAACGCAUCAAAGAUGCAGAGAGACGACACCUGGAGUGAAUGUGUGUACUUUAGUGUGAAGCAGUAGAGCUGGCCAUGUUUAAUCUCUGUCUCUGUGUAAUACAUGACACGUGUGUGUGUGUCACUUUAACCGUGUAAUGUAGCCGUUUUGUAAAUAUGAUUUAAACAUUUUUACUCUGUAUUGCUAAAGCCUCAUCUUGCAGUAAUCUCAUUGAACAAGCUUUUCUUAA